UUUCAUCAUCAAUACAUGCAUGGGUGUACUCACUUUUCCCUGGCACGCUGUCAAAACACUCGCCUUUUUCUUCUUCUGCAUAUCCUCGCUAUUACAAAGCGAAUAAACAAAGAGGGAGCUUAGUGAUUAUAUGUGGAAAAUAUUCAAAGAACUUGUAAAGGAAUCGUUAUAUUAACGCGUCACGUGGGAUUAUAUACUGCGAUAUAUAUCUGGUAUAGACUCUAAGAUAUAACAUAUCUAGAUCUGGACACGAUAUAUAGGAGAUACCAACACGUGUAAAAUCUAUCAAAAUAUAUCCGCACGACUGUUGCACGUGUAAAACUCGUCCUGAUAUGCGUAUUUAUAUUUAAACGUUUGGGAUCAUAAGUGUAAAAGGAAAUACGAGAGAACUUGUGUAUACAGAAGAAGAGCCUGUUUACAAGUAACAUCAUCUAACCAGCGAAAAAUGGCAGGCGCUGUGGAACUUCCUAGACUGACCGAGGGCUAUCUUGGUCCUCAGGCUAAAUUCUUCCCAUAUGGACUGACCACUAUGUCUCAUCCGGAACCGGUCAUACAUUCCGAUUCCAAUAGGAUCGAAAUUAUCAUUGGAACUUGUGAGAAGACGCGAUUCAUGACCAAACUACUUGGAGUCAACCCAAAAGGAGAAUGCAAUCAAUUUGUGUUUACUCAAAACCAAGGCGGAGAAUUCCAUUUCAUAAUCGCCGUCCCAAGAACUGGAUUUUUUAAGUUCCAGAUAUAUGCGCUGCCAAACAAUGAGGCUGGUCCAAACAUGAUCAAUGUUUAUAACUACUUACUGAACGUUCAACAGAUUGAUAAUUACGUGGAGUCGUUCCCUAAACAAUAUCCACUCUGGAAGCAAGAGGGAUGCUUCCUGUACGAACCCAUGAUGAUCAUGAAAGGCCAACGCGACCCCGUCAAAUUCCGGAUCUUCGUACCACGCGCUGUGAACGUGCAAAUCAAGGUCGGUGAGGAUUGGAACGAACUGGAUAAGGUAGACGAACGUGGUAUUUACGAAGGUAUUGUUGAUUUCAGUAACGGCUAUCCACAAGGUACCAAGGUCAGGCUAAACGUCAAAUCUGGACGAAGUCACAAAUAUGACAUUUUAUUAGAAUAUACCAUUUGAAGGACUGUCGUUGGUUUUUUUUUUUUUUGAACUUAUACAACAUUUUUGGAUAAGACAGUUUGUGCUGAUACUAUACAAUCACACAUCCUAGCCAUUUUGGACGACCGCCGGUGUUAAUAAAAGUGUUACGAUGCACCUGCAUGCUUGACGUCGAGACCGAUUACGGAUUGCGCAGACGAUGCUGGCACUGUCGAGCGUUGCCAUGGGAUACGAAACACGGACAUUUUCAUCAACAGGAGUUCUGACGCCUGUUUAGAUAGCACAGGUAGAUUAACAUACCCAGACCUUCAUAUCUGUGAUAUCUCUUUAUCAGAACACGUUAUCAUUUACAUAUGUCUGUUGUAAACCUCUCGGGGUAGUCAUGGCAGUUUUUGGACACUGCUAUAGUCUUAUGAUAUUGGGUUUCAACCCAGACACACACGUUUAUAUUGGUCUAGCCUUUUUCGUUUCUUGUUUAAUGUCCGAGUCAAUGCGAGAUUCAUCUGCCCCAAUCAUUAGGCUUUUGAAUCUUUCCGUAAUAUGGCAAACACUUUUUGCAAAUUGAAACUCGGGUUGCAUCCGAAGAUUCAAAUUCCUUUGUUGAAUAGCUUUUGAGCUAUGUAUUACGUGCAUAUAGGUAUGUUGUAUGCGUGGGGUGUUUUGUAUGUUAUCUGACCUGAGCGACUUCGUUGUUGAUCUAGAUCUACCACCGCAGGCUAGCAAUAUUUACAGCCCACAUUUCUCCGUCAAAAUAUUUCUUGUUUUAUGAGGAGAGGUCCUGUGCAUAAUUAAAGAUUACGGACAAUUUAGACAUCGAGCGAGUGCUGUCAAGAUUAUUGUUUUACCAAUGUUUGUAUAUAACGUGUAUAUAUGCAUGUGUAUUGUUUAGAGUAUUUAAAACUUUCUUUUUUCUUUGUAUAUUGAAUGAAUAUUGUAAUUACUACUUUAAACUUGACGUUUAUCUAGCGGUGGCUUAUUAUACCAUUUCAUAAAAGUUACCGGCUAAUUAGCAAACUUCAUUAUCGUCCUUAAUCAAAUAUUUCUUUAUUCUAGUUCUUUCGGUUAUUUUACACUUAUUAAUUAUCAUUCGAACAUAAGUCAGCCACCGAAAAUAAUGAUUACAAGGAACUGGUUGUUUUUUUUACAGAAACUUGUGUCUAUAUCAUAACCAUGAACUACAGCGAACAGUUAAUGUUUUGGGGGUUCUGGUCGGCAACAGUUGCUGUUGUGUGUAAUUGUCUACCAAAUCUGUGGAAUGAUAAGAUUUCAUAUACAUGGGUUCUACCCUACGAAUUUUCUUGACAAGUACACACAGAAUCUUGUUGCACAAACAGCGAUGUUAUGCCGACUUUAUACGUGGUCAUAUAUAUACACGUAUAUUACGAGUUCGUGGCUUGGUGUAAGCGUUGGACUGGACCUUCUAUCAUUUUCGUGUGUAGAUCGCUGUAGCGGAAUUAAACCAGACUCCAUAAUAAGUUUUGAUGAGAUUCAUAUUAAGUUUUUGAAACCUAUAUACUUUCAGAAAAUUCGGUGUUAAGGAAGCGAUGCAUGAAAGUCUAAACAUAUAUGCUUGAUUGACUAAUAUAUAUGUAUACCUGGCCUUUGCUUGGCCCAAGUAUCACGGGCACAGGUAAUGGACACAUUUUAUUUUUCCUCUGUGAGUGGCUGUAUACAAUGUAGUACACAUACAAAAUAACAGACACCAACAGAAAUAAAUUGUGACGAGUGCCUGUGAUUAGUAUACAAGACGCCGCCCAACCCAGGUGUUCUCUUACUUAGGGUUGUCAGUUUCAGAACUGUCGCAGAAUUGUCCCGUCUUUAUCUACAUAUAAUGUAUAAUUUAUUUGCUUUAUGAAUAUAUAUUUAUUUGAAUUCAAAAUUUGAAUAAAUCAAUGUUUGAACAAAA